UACAAAAAUUUCUGGAGCUGGAUCCUGCAAGAUUAAUGGUAGCCUGAAUGGGCCGAAUUCUUGGUGCCUAGCUGGUAGGUCAUUUGUCAGAUUCUUGCAGAGCUAACCUUUCCCACUCUCUUUAUAUGUACACCGGUUACCGCCAAACUUGGAAGGCAUCGUCUAUCUCGAAGCCAAGCACAAACCACGUCUCAGAUCGUGUCACACACACGCCAAUGGACUCCUCGGGCGACACGGUGACCGCGACAACGCUGCCGCAUGGGGCCUCGACGCCUCCCACGUCACCGCAGCCGCAGCCGGCGGUGGUGUUGAGCCCGUGCGCGGCGUGCAAGAUCCUCCGCCGCCGCUGCGUGGACCGGUGCGUGCUGGCGCCCUACUUCCCGCCCACCGAGCCCCACAAGUUCGCCACCGCGCACCGCGUCUUCGGCGCCAGCAACAUCAUCAAGCUCCUCCAGGAGCUGCCGGAGGAGCAGCGUGCGGACGCGGUGAGCAGCAUGGUGUACGAGGCGAGCGCGCGCAUCCGGGACCCCGUCUACGGCUGCGCCGGCGCCAUCUGCCACCUGCAGAAGCAGGUCAACGACCUCAAGGCGCAGCUCGCGCGCGCGCACGCCGAGCUCGCCGCCGCCCGCGCCCAGCACGCGCACCUCCUCGCGCUCCUCUGCGUCGAGGUCGCCGCCAGCAGCCAGCUUGCGUCGCCGCCCUACUGCGCCGUCGACUACUCCUCGCAGCUCGCGGUCGCCCCCACCGCACACACCGCCGCCGACGCGCUCUACGCCGUCGACAGCGGCGGCUUGCAGCUGCAGACCAACCCCAUCAGCUGGGUCGUCGACGAGCCGCUGUGGACAUAACCUCGAUGAAGCCAAACUCGAGCUGGUGUUCGACGAUCGUGUCCAAGUUUAGCUGAUCCGUAUAUGCAUAUUAUACAGUUAAUAUGUGUAUGGUUGUAAUUAAGUUGUACUCGAUGGCAUAAUAGCAAGUUAACCAAAGGGUUAAUGUUGUUGGGGUUUGAAACAAUUUAACGAACCCCGGAAUGAGUUUUCGUUAUUUUCUGCUAUUUCUGCUGUAGCGUGUGACACUAUAUACUCCUCUUUAACAGUACUGUAUGGAAUGC